UGAACGCGCGCAAACUGUGACAAACAAACGUAUCAAAACGAACCAAACAAAUAAAUAACACGUUGUUUUGCUGCUGGAUAGAUGGACUCUCCGUUCUCCGUUAAUCUAGAGCGCAACCUUCUUGUGUAAAGGGGGCUCCCCUCCACCCCCAAAACAAAAGCCAAUAAAUAGACCCAGAAUCCACGGUGCCACGAUCAAUGUGGAGCGAACCGGCAAAGCAACGAUCCGGUCCAAAAACGACGUCGCACCGAUCGUCGUCAACCGCUCUCUCUCUCUGUCUCUCUCGGUCUCAGUCAAUUGAUAACAAACAACGCAGGAGGCCAUGUUGACGAUGGCACGCUACCGGGACGUGAUACUGCUGGCCUUGGCAGGUCUGCUGUUCCUAGCGGUGGUAGGCAGUGUGUAUGGCCGUGCCGUGCCUCAUCAUCGUCGCCGGGGCGACAAGCGUGUUGGCCGACUGCAAAAUGUGACACUUACCAACGCGACCCUUUCCGCGAUGGCACAAACGGGCGGUGGCGGUGAACUCUCGCUCGACGGCUGCCAGAUUGACCACUUCGGGCCGGCACUGUUCGCGCUGCUGCAGCGCACAGACUGUCUGACGCUUCGCGGUGGCCACAUCCCCUCCGUGUCGUUCCAUUCCCACACGCUCGAUACGCUCGUGAUCGAUGCGACCGGUCUGCGAAUGUUCGAUGUAGCCGGCGGGCCCGCUGGAGCCCCGUACGAAAAGCUCCGAAUACUGCACAUCACACGCACGCGGCUGGAGCGGCUGCCAGCGCGCCUCUCGCUGCUGGUGGGCCUAAAACGGUUGGACCUGUCGCAGAAUCAACUAACCCACAUCGAGCUGGACGUGCUGGGUGCGAUGAGGCGGCUGCGCGAUCUCGACCUGUCCGUGAAUCAAAUCGCGCGAUUGGACGCUUCGCCCGAGCUGCAGCUGGCGGGCCUCCGCAACCUGUGGGUCAGCUACAAUCGGUUGCGCUCGUUCGGGGCCUUCCCGGGCGCGUUCCCGGCCCUGGACACGGUGCGCCUGAUAGGGAACCGGUGGCACUGCGGCUGGGUCGAUCGGGCCCGGGCCGACAUCAUGCGUCACGGGAUCACGGCGUUCGGUGCUGAUUACGAUUGUCCCGGCGAGCGCCAGGGUGGACUUUGCUGCUACGAUGACGUGCCGGGCGAGGUGGUGGCGAUCGAGCAGACGACGACAGCCGGUGAGGCCGGUGCUGAUGAUCUCACGCUGCGGGCAUCGAAUCGUAGCACGAUCGAAGUUCGGUACGGGGAUGUGGAGCUGUUUUUGUGAAACAGAGGGCAAAUGGAAUAAAUUUAAAAAGAAAUGGUUUGAAUU